CCUCUGCGCUCCAUUCACCAAGCAGGAAGAGGAGGACGGCAGCUGUAGCGCUGUCAAGACAGGACAGGCUGCUGCUCCUGUGUCAGGUUGGUAGUAAGCACAAUCCUGUCACUAAAAUGGAAGUAAAUAAGAAACCGGUCUACAGGUGCAUUGAAUGCAAUGAGGAAUCCAAAGAGCUUUACAGAGAUUACAGACACGGUGUGUUGAAGAUCACUAUCUGUAAAUCCUGCCAAAAACCUGUGGACAAGUACAUAGAGUAUGAUCCUGUCAUUAUUCUGAUCAAUGCAAUUCUAUGCAAAAUACAAGCGUACAGGCACAUUCUGUUUAAUACAACAAUCAAUAUUCAUGGCAAGCUCUGCAUAUUUUGCCUACUCUGUGAGGCCUACACCAGAUGGCUUCAGCUGCCAGGUUCUGGCAACAACACCGACCCAGGGGAUAUCAUUAGAUAUGCAAAGGAAUGGGAUUUCUACAGGCUAUUUGGGAUAGCUGCUCUUGAACAAGCAACAUACCUCACAGGAAUCUUCAUUGUUUUAUUUCUGGCAAGACCCAAGACUUUGAAGUCCGAAUUUGCUUUUCUUCUGAAAGCACUUUUGCUGUCCAGUUACGGGAAGCUCCUGCUGAUUCCCGCUGUCAUUUGGGAACAUGAUUACACACCCCUGUGUUUCAAGCUCAUCACGCUUUUCGUCCUUACUUCAAACACCCAAGCAAUAAGAGUAACCUUGAAUGUGAGCCGGACCUUAUCGCUAAUGGCUAUUUUCUGUGGACUACUGUUGGAAAAUGCACUUUGCAUCAUCCAGUGGUCUGUAUAAUACAUGUACACAUAUGCUGCAGGCCCACCACAAGGGUGUGUAUGAAUAUCUGUGCAACCUGGACUGACCUUCUGAACAGUUUGUGUACUGUGCAGCAUGCAUUGUACAACCUGGUAGAUAUUUAUUUAUUCUGUUAAUAACCACACUUUCACAAACUGAAAGACAUUUCCCAACCUAUUUUUAUAUGUAUAAUACGUUUUUUUUAAUAUUAAUAAAACACAUUUUUCAUCUUA